UUGUGCAUCUACCGAGAAGCAUAUUAAAUUUUAAUUAAAUUAAUUAACUCUAAUUAAAUUCUUUAUGGGCAAUAUCAAAUUUGUGUAAUAUUUGAAUUACAAAACUAUCUGGUUAAUUUUAAGCAGCAUUGCAGCGAAUUGUGCAUUACGCCAAGAACUUGUAAGCCUUGCGACAUAUGAAUCGUGACGCGUUUAUUGUUUUCACUAAAAAAACGGAUCCCACCUUUGUGUUGAUGCAGACCAGGAAACAAAUUAAAUCAACCAGGUCAAACCAGUCCUGGAUUUAUUUUCAUUUUGUUUUUUGUUGUUUCAAACCUUGCCAGCAUUACCAUCUUAAACGAAGCACUCGUAAACAAGCCGUUACUUGUAAGCCCAGUAAUAAAAUCUUUUACGUGCAAAUAGCAAAUUUGCCCACAAUACAUACACACAAAUGUACAUACGGCAGAGUUCCCACGCUUCUGCAAAUAAUACGAUGAUAGUAAAAGUUAGUAAUGAAUGGGUCAAGGAUAAGACGAGCCUAAGACUGGUGGUCUGGUCGUAGUAAAUUUCUCUCCUGUGCGAUAAUGUGGCUUAUCAAUUAAUAGAAUCAGCCUGAAAUGCUCCUCUUUCUUGCAAAAGUUUCCCCAGUAGCAUAUGCAAAACCUUUUAAGUAUUUAAACAUAUAGUAGCUGCAGGUGGUAAUUUGCCACGGGUAAAAUUAUGUACAUGAAUGAAUGUAAGAUGAUAGCAGUUUAUGAGAAGAGUGUGAUGAAAUGGACCGUCCGGGUUUACCUGGAUAGUGUGAAUCAUGAGUUUUAUGACUAUCUAGGUGACUAUAUAGAAGUCAUUUUUACAGGUUUUGCUCCAGUUACAGGUUGAUCGGAUUUGCAUCUCACGAUUCACGCAAUUUUUGUACCUUGCAAGUUUUCAAAAUGAGAGUUUUGAUUCUUUCCAUCUUCAUAUCAAUAUUUGUCGUGGUUGAAUGCAAUCCUGGAGGAUGGGGUUGGGAGGAACCACCCCGACCACCACCCACAAAAGGAUGGCGACCACACCCUCCUCCCCCAACUAAAGGAUGGCGACCACCCCCAACUCCACCGACGAAAGGAUGGCGCCCACCUCCUCCUCCCACGAAAGGAUGGAAGCCACCCCCACCACCCCCAACGAAAGGUUGGGGCUGGAGUGGCGGUGAUAGCAUUUUUGGCGAUGACGAUGUCGACGAAGCUCCCAUCAUCAAGUUCUACUGCGAAACUUUGCGUCGCAUUGUGGACUCUGUAAGCGAAUGUCCUCGUCGCCCGUCUCGACCACGACCUCCUUAUCACGACGAUAACCACGGAGGAUAUCAGAAGGGUGGAAAUCAUGACCAUCAUGGAGGAUACGAUAAGGGGCAUUCAGGCUACGUGGCUCCUCCAAGAUCGUAUCGAGAUGCGAAAAAAGUCUUGGACACAGAGGAUUAUGAUUGGAAAUGGUGAAAAGAACAAGUUCCAUAUCGUAAAAUAAGGCAAUAAAAAGUGGUCAUUUUGUAAAACGUAUAUGUAUAAAUCAUAAUGUUAAGUAGCUUGAAUAAAAAAUGCACGAAACUGCACACGUCAA